GUUGGAUGCAACGCUGGAGAUGGCGUACGACAUCACAGUGUAGAAGGAUCACGGACAGAAGACAUUGUAGACAUCGAGAAAUGGUCGAAUGUUGGUGUACCAGGCAGAUAUAUGUUUAACGUUGAUGGGGAAAGUGUUGUCGGUCAAGAUUGUCAGUCAGGCGAAGAAAGAGAUAAUUCCGGAUCGCUGAUUCUCUACCCGGCCUCUGGAUCCAUGUUAGGUGGAAAUGCAAUCCUAGUCCAAGGACCGUGUUUCCAGAACACCGACAAGGUCAUGUGUCGAUUCAUCACUGAGAAUGAUGCUGGACCAACGACGACGUGCCAAUUUUUUGAUGGUCGCACGGUGUCUUGCGUGGUACCGAUCCUCCUUCGCAUUGGCAGAGUGUAUGUGUUUAUUUCGAUCGAUGACGGGGAAACAUUUGGCUUCCGGGGAAUAUACACAUCAGUGAGUAUUGAUGACGUUACGGGAGCGAUACCAUAUAAGGUUCGUCUGGAUACGAACGGAAAAUAUCCCAAGGUUGUGUGGCCGAGUAAUGCCUUGGACGGUAAUUACUACGAUAUUGAUAUUUACGUGUUUAAAGACGGUGCAGAUUUUAUUGGGCUAGAAAAUGGCAGAAUGGUGGUGAAUGAUAUGGCCAUUGAAUCACCUAAUUUGGAUUUGGAGUUCAAUUUAACUAUCCGGCUUUUAUCCAACGGCAACGAUGUUGGUAUCAUUCGUAUAUCACAAGGGGAUGAAGAACCCGGGGAACAGAACAGGUAACAAUGUCACUUUUUUUUUUCGUUUCUUCUUUGUCAU